AUGGAUAACAGUAACCAGGCCUCCACCAACUACCGCGAAGCCUUCCAGCUCUUCGACAAGCGCGGCAACGGCCGUGUCGACCGCGGCGCGCUGGGCGACUUGCUUCGUGCCUGCGGCCAGAACCCUACUUUGGCCGAGAUUGCCGAUUUGGAGCGUGGUCUCGGAGCUGACUUCGACUUCGACACCUUCUCCAAGAUCCUCAACCGCCCCGGCGGCUUCCGCGAGCCCUUUGACAUUGAAGAAUACAUCCGCGGGUUCCAGGUGUUCGACAAGGAUCGCAGCGGGUUCGUCGGCAAGGGUCAGAUCAAGUACAUCCUGACGAACUUGGGUGAGAAGAUGAGCGAGGAGGAGGUGGAUGAGUUGUUCAAGAGCACGAUUGACGCGAGUAAUAAUGAGGUGGACUACAGGGAAUUUGUCAAGACGAUUGCGGAGAACUAA